AGGUCGUUAAAUCCGUUAAAAGUAGAGGCAGUGCCCCAAGGCCACACAGCCAUGGCGUGCACGAUAAUGCACUCCCGCACCACUCUCUCCCCCUCUUCCCCUUCUUCUUCUGCCCCUGGCUUUCUUCCUCCUAAUCCUCUCUUCCAUGUCACUACUCUUCGGUUUCGAACCCUCCGUAAAUGUUUCCCCUUCGAGAAACCGCUCUCGGUCUCGGUUUCGGCUUCGGCAUCAUCGACUUCUAAUCGUCUCCGAGCUCUGGUAUUCGACUGCGACGGCGUGAUACUCGAAUCCGAGCAUUUGCACCGCCAGGCCUACAAUGACGCCUUCGCUCACUUCAACGUCCGCUGCCCUUCUUCCUCUCAAUCACAACUGCCUCUCUAUUGGGACUCCGACUUCUACGACGACCUCCAGAACCGCAUCGGAGGCGGCAAGCCCAAAAUGCGAUGGUACUUUGGGGAGAACGGGUGGCCAUCGUCGACGAUACUCGAGAAGCCUCCAGAGGCGGAUGAGGACCGAGCCAAGUUGGUCGAUACUCUUCAGGAUUGGAAGACUGAAAGGUACAAAGAAAUAAUCAAAUCUGGAACUGUGGAACCUAGACCUGGGGUUUUGAGAUUGAUGGAUGAGGCCAGGGCUGCUGGUAGAAAAUUAGCUGUUUGCUCUGCAGCAACUAAAAGUUCGGUUAUACUAUGUCUCGAAAGCCUUAUAGGAAUUGAGCGGUUUCAAAGUCUCGAUUGCUUCCUUGCGGGUGAUGAUGUGAAGGAAAAGAAGCCCGAUCCAUCGAUUUAUCUGACAGCUUCCAAGAGGCUAGGCAUUUCACCUCAAGAUUGUUUGGUAGUGGAGGAUAGCAUUAUUGGACUACAGGCAGCUACAAGAGCUGGAAUGUCGUGUGUGAUUACCUACACAUCUUCAACAGCUGACCAGGAUUUUAAAGAUGCAAUAGCCAUCUAUCCUGAUUUGAGUGAUGUCAGAUUGAAAGACUUGGAGUUAUUACUUGAAAAUGUUGUCCCUGCCGGCUAGAGAACGCAUCGGGUUUUCCUAGUCUUGUGAGGUCGAUAAUUUUGGCUGCAGUGGAUGUAACCCAUUGCAUUUGUCUUUAUGUUAAAACUACCCUUUUGAUUUACCCCCUUCCUCUGAAAAAAAAAAAAAAAAAUGCAAGGGAAAGGGUGGUUCAGAAUAGAUUGUCCUAUUGGAUUGCCAAUUACCACAUCGUGAAUGAUGUGAUUGUAAGCCUAAACAGCCCUCUCCCGCUCCCUCUCCCUCUCCCUCUCAAUUCAAGAAAAACUAUUUGGUCUACAAAGAGAUUUCAUAAAAUUGAAGUCCACAACCUGAUGUAAUUUGUUAUGUACAUCAAAUUGUGAAACUCUUUUUAUUGUAAAAAAAAUCUAACAGUUUGUAAAUUUUGCUUUUGUGA